CUCUCCGAAUCAGUACAAGUUGCUAUUCCGGAGCGCGGGUGGGUCCUUGCAGCAAUCCAUCGUCUCACUGCUUUCUGAAGCAUACUUCUCUUGUAUCAAUUUGGUAUCGUCAUCUUAUCAUAUUGUAUAAAUUAACGAAGAUGGCGCUCAUCCCUCGCGGCUGGGGUUUCGGAUCAAGCGUCUUCGACCCGUGGGAUCCUUUCGAAGCCUGCCCCUUCAUCUCCUCCCUCUCCUCUUUCCCUCGCCCUUCCGUCCACGGUGAGACCUCCGCCUUCGCCAACGCCUGCAUCGACUGGAAGGAGACCCCGGAGGCCCAUGUCUUCAAGGCCGACCUCCCCGGCCUGAAGAAGGAGGAGGUGAAGGUUGAGGUGGAGGAGGGCAACGUCCUCCAGAUCAGCGGCGAGCGGAGACGGGAGCAGGAAGAGAAGACCGACAUCUGGCACCGCAUGGAGAGGAGCAUCGGCAAGUUUAUGAGGCGGUUCCGGCUGCCGGAGAACGCGAAGAUGGACCAGGUGAAGGCGACCAUGGAGAACGGAGUGCUCACCGUGACCGUGCCCAAGGAGGAGCUCAAGAAGCUGGAGGUGAAAUCCAUCGAGAUAUCUGGCUGAGGUUCUUUUGAGGAGAAUGUCUCUGUUCGUUGGUUGUCCUGUGUGAUGGUGGGUAAUGAGUGUGAAUAAAUGAUGUCCUACGUUCUGGUGAUCCUGUACGGAUAUCCGUUUACUGCAUGUGUCGUGCUUGUUGAGGGGUUUUGUCUUUGUGUAAUAACAGCAUGUAAAUUUUGAAUUUAAAUAAGUGGUUCAAAAUAAAUAAGUGUUACCGCUUUUCUUGCUAAUAAA